GAAAGAUAUACCCUGAUGAAUGGCGUAAUUUCCAUGAGCGGCUUAAUGACUUGAAAGUUGAGAGUGAUGAGGAUAAGAAUUAUUUCAAGACACAAUGGGCAUCUUACAGAGGACAGACACCCUUUCAAACAGUGAGAGGAAUGAUGUAUUAUAGGGAAGCUUUGAUUCUUCAAUGUUUCUUGGAAUAUGCUGGAGACAAUGCUAUAUUUAGCGGCUUCUGGACAACGGAUUUUCAAGAUAAAGAUAAGAAGGGGCUCUUUGAAUAUGCACAGGCUUUGGCUGAUUUGAAAUUCACCUAUGUUGUUUCUUGCCAAGUCUAUGGUGCUCAAAAGAAAUCCAAGAAUCCCAAAGAGAGAAGUAGCUAUACUAACAUUCUUGGCCUGAUGUUAGAGAAUUUAGCGGUUCGUGUCGCCUACAUAGAUGAAGUUGAAGAGGCAAAGGAAGGGAAAUCACAGAAAGUUUAUUACCCAGUUCUUGUCAAAGGAGGUGAAAAGUAUGAUGAGGAAGUAUAUCGCAUCAAGCUUUCGGGUUUACCAGUUGAGAUUGGUGAAGGGAAACCUGAAAAUCAAAACCAUGCCAUUAUAUUCACUCGUGGUGAAGCCUUGCAGACCAUAGACAUGAAUCAAUGUGAGACUAUGCCUGAGCCAGGAAAUAAUCCUACUAGUAGGAAGAAUGGAUCAUUCCUAGAGCUACUGCCUGCCGUAAGGUAUUUAUUUAUCUUAUCAAGGCAAAAGCAAGUUCUCAUACCUUUGCCUGUAAAAACAAUUUUUUAUGGGUACAAAUGGUAAUUUCUUUUUUCUAUGGGUAGAUAUGUCAGCGUUUUCAACUUUCGUGGGUACAAAUGGUAGUUUACUCUUUCUUGUAUAUUCAUAUUCUAAGUAGUAAAAACAUUAGAUAGUUUAAAUACAUUAUUAGAUAUUAACAUAGUUUAGGAAACUGGAUGGUAGAUUUGACUAAUUAGUGCUUAUUGCAAUGCUUGUAUUUUGGUAAGUUUAGUAAGAUAAACUUUUGUAUAGGAAUUAUUACUUUUG